GAGAAGUAGCUAACUACCAUACACACUGACUUCAAUUUUGCACAGCUCCACACUCAGACAUCAACGAGUUAUGAACGGAAAUCAGAAAUAUUUUGCAUUGCUUCUCUACUUUGCAAUGGAUACUGUGAUGAGUUACGAUGAUGAAAACCUCAGCUGUUAUUCGUGCGAAUUCUGUCCAGAAGUCAAACCAAAGACAUUAAGGCAGUCUGGGUGUAAAUUAUGCAUUGUCUUCAAUAAAGUCAAGACACAUAUUCUUUUGGUGGAUUCAGAUCUCUGCUAUCUUCCCUGAUACAAUCAACGAAACUGGAAGCAGUUAAACAGGUGACAGUCAUUAUUCACUACUUUACAGUUGGGAUCGUUUAGCUGUCAAAUAAUCAUAUUGAUAUCUAAACCCAGGGGAAUAUAAUCAAUAUUCACUUCGUGCACAAGGUAUCUUAUAUGCGCUAUGAGUUCCUCGGCACUAGAAAAAGUAAUGAUUUCGCCAUUUCACAGAGAAUGUUAUGCGAAAACGUUUACCGAAGUUCAAGGGUAACUCAUUGCCCAACACAAGUUCAAUAGUGACUGUAAAUUUGUAAGAAAAACUGCUGAUCGAAAGGAGAGGACAGUGAUGCAAAGUGGGAUCAAAUAGAUUGGGCGUGUAUGGAGAGUGCAGCAAGACAAUUAUAACCUGAGAAACAAGGACGCAAAUAGUCUGAUGGUAACAGGUCUUGAACAAUUUGACAACAGCCACAAAUAUGACAAAAUAUACACUCGCCUGGAACGGGGGAUGAACCGUAAGAAUCAAACAGCCUAGCCUCCAUUUUCAAAGUGGAUAGGAAAUAGGAUCAAAUGAAUGACUGCUGGGGCAAACAAAUAUAUAUUCAGAGGAUGCAUUGGUCGACAGAGUACACUUCCUGUUAACUUUCCUAAAGUAUUUCGGAAAUUUUGUGGUAAAAAUUUGUGUAAUAAUGAGACCUCGGAUAAUUACAUUCAAAAUCCAGUCAGCUGCUACACCUGUGAGGGUUGUACAACUAGUAAUCAAAAAAUUGUCGACUUCUGUGGUGGGUGUGUGAUUGUUAGGGGUCCCGGAUAUAUUAACAAAUACUGCAAUAACUCCUGCAGUAAAUCCCCACAUGAGGAGGGGACAUCUUGUUGUGCAACAGAACUAUGCAAUGGAAUGUCAAAAUUUGUACUCCAAACCAAUGUUGUACUGUUCUCCCUCGUUUUCACUGGAAUUUGUGCGUUUUUCUGAUAGCUUCGGUAACAGGCAAUGCACGCUAACUGGAUUUGCUUUUGCAUGCAUAAAUUAUGCUGUUAUUGGAGAAAUGUCCACUGGUAGCUUGUCAUUAUGAAACAUUCAUUAUUUGCUUGAUUACAUUUCAUAUGCGUAUUAACUGAGACUACUUUGAUUCUUUUCAUAUCUGAAAAUAAAUUUCUAAUGUGAACUUUCA